AUGGCAUUAACUGUUGUGUUGUUUCAGGACAUUAUCAGCAGUAAUUUGUACUAUACAGUGAACCGAGGGAUCCUGGCAGAUAUUUUAUUUCCAGCUGUUGGAACCAGUGGAACUCAAACCCUGCACAUAAAGAAACCAUUUCAUAUCACAGAAGUAUCUACCCUGGUAACUAUUCCUUGUGAGAAUGAUUGUCAAACAAUGCUGGAUUGUUUAAAUGAUGAUGUGUACAGUGCCAUAUCCUGUUAUUUGGGUACCUUUGAUAAGGCUGCAGUUGAGCAUUUGUUGAAAAUGCAUAAACUUAAAGAAUUGGCAAGAAAUGUGAAGAAUGAAAAGGAAUGGCUAGAAGAAUAUGUGCAAGCACCACACAAAACUUGUGCCCCACUUCAAGGUUUGGAAAGUUUCAAAGAAUUAAUUUUUAAUAACAGUAACGAUAAAGUUGUUUUGGGUAAGUCGGUCUUGUCUGAGGAUUUGGCAACUCUCACCUGUCAACGAUGGCUAAACAUAAACGUAAUUGGUCAAUAUGCAGAUAUUUUAAAUAGCUAUAACACGGAAACAAGAACAUUUAUUUUGAACAGAUUGAUUGGUUUGAAAGCAGAAGAUCUCGAGGAACUCAUUAAAACAAGUAGGGGGGAUAUUUGUAAAUAUUUUACAUUCAUAGUGAAUGUUGGAACAAAAGGCGGUUCACAAUAUGUGGGAACGCCUUUGCAAAAAGGAUGUCACUGGGUUGUACUCUAUGUUGAUACUACAACAAAUGAAUAUUGGUAUAUAGAGACACCUUGGGAUGGGCUCCACCAAAAGACCUUUUUGACUAUGUGAAUCCCAUUCUGGAUGCAUUCUUUUGUGCUUCUUCUUUAUCCAGAAAACAAACUUGUGGUCGAUAUCUGGCUCACAAGACAAGUGUUGAUGAUGUUGGUAGGCACAAAUGUCUGAAUUCAUGCUACAAAAACAUCCCACUUCAGGAUUGUGCUAGUGUCUGUGGGGUAAUAGCUGUUGUUAUUGCCUCACUGAUUUGCUUACAGCCAAACAUGUGGGCAUCUUGUUUUCUUUCCAGAAGCAAUACUUUGCCAGAUAGCUUGAGUUGGCUAACUCGCCCCUCCACACAUUCUUCCUACUUGCGAAGAGUACUUAUUGAAUGGAUCAUGCAUGGAGAGAUAGAUACAUCAGCUUUGGGUUUCUCACAUGCCAAUGUCAGCUUCAAAGCACCAUUGCCAACAAAGUUUGUUCUAACUAAUAACUUUGUACAUGUACCUACCACAACCUCCAACAUACAAGCAGCAGCCUUCAAGCUGGGUUGCAGCAACCCAGUCAAGAAAGUGCAUGAUAAUAAAGAAAAUGAACACUUGCCUAAUAAUGAAAAGCACACCACAGAGAACUGCAAAGAACAUCUUCCAGAGAUCUCACCUAGUAGUAUGAGCAUGGAGAAGGUAGUAAGACCUCACCUAGUAGUAAAAACACAGGAGAAGAAAGAGGGUAUAAAAUCCAUCACCCAAGCCAAGUCUAAGAUUACAAGAAAGACCUUCAAAAUUAAGAAACCAAAUGGCAACACAAAAAAUGACAGUAAAGAAAAUGAGCACUCGCCUAAUAAACAAUCACAUAAAAACCACGCCAUGGAGAACUGCAAAGAACAUCUAUCAGAAAUCUCACCUAGUAGCAUGACCGUGCCACAGGAAAAGCGAGAAGAUAUAAAAUUCGAUGAUAUAAAAUUCGAUAAAAUUGAUGGCUUUGUUUAA